CUUCAACAGCCCUUUUCCCUCGCCUUACGCCAAGGGUAGGGGGUGUGCACAGGCGGAAAUUUUCGUAUGCUUAAAACUUUCUUUAAGAAAGUUCAUACUGACGCUUUUAUUCUUUAUUUAAACCAGUUUUUCAUUUUUUAACUCCAAACGCGUGGAGGCUUUUCUUAAACCAGAACUGCAUUUUUCCACAAUACUAAAGCUAGCAUACAACCAGCCAAGAUGAUUGACACAGCAACAGGAGCAGGGCCCUUGCCCUUUGCAGCCCAGCUGAAGGCUCUGAUUGAUCAGGAGGGCCGCUACCAGCCAAAGCUGACUGGCCUCAGGCUCAUCGAGGGGGCCCACGACAACGGUCUCAGGAUGACCACCAGACUCAGGGAGUACGAGGUGAAGGACCUGCUCUCUCUGACCAGGUUCUUUGGUUUCAGUGCCGAGACGUUCUCCUUGGCUGUCAGCUUGCUGGAUCGCUUCCUCUCUGUGAUGAAGAUCCAGCCGAAGCACCUGUCCUGUGUGGGCCUGUGCUGCUUCUACAUCGCCGUGAAGUCCUCCGAAGAGGAGAGGAACGUGCCCCUGGCCAAUGACCUGAUCCGCAUCAGCCAGAAUCGCUUCACCGUCUCGGACAUGAUGCGAAUGGAGAAGAUCAUCAUGGAAAAGCUCUACUGGAAAGUGAAGGCCCCCACAGCUCUGCGCUUUCUCCGCCUCUUCCAUAGCCACAUCCAAGAGCAGCUCGACGCUGAGAGCAAGAAGAUACUGAGCCUUGAGAGGCUGGAGGCUCAGCUUAAAGCUUGUCACUGCUCCUUUGUCUUCUCUAAAAUUAAGCCAUCUCUGCUCGCCCUGGCACUGUUGUGUCUCGAAGCUCAGGAGCAGCAUGACCCUGAGCACAUCCACAAAAUAGCAGAGGCCCUGCAAAGCCUGCAGCAGCAUCUGAAUAUCAAAGAUGGGGACCUGGUUUGUGUGCGGGAGCUGGUCGGAAAAUGCCUAGUUGAAUACGCCACCACCAAGCGCUUGAAGCCUAACAGCCAGAGACUUCGCUGGAUUAUUUCGGGGAGAACGGCACGUCAGCUGAAGCACAGCUACUACAAGAUCGCUCAUCUUCCCACCAUACCCGAGUCAGCUUGCUAAACCAUGGGGGGUACAGACGGGUGAACCGUGUGCACAAGGUGUACACACCUUCACCCGCCUUCACCUCCACUCAUUUUCCUUACAGAUUUUCAUCACAGAUGAUGGAGGUCUUUAAGGAAGAGCCAAAAACGUUUUCCUUUGCUAUCUUGCUUUCAUCGAGCUGAAUGUGUGACAUCUGUCAAAUAGGUUUAUCCGCCAACAUCUUGCAAGGUUUUAUUUUCCUGGUUGAAUUGCUUGCACAAGUGUACAGUAUGUUCUUGUUUAAAUCCGUACCGAGGUACAUAGGUAUUCCCUGGAACGGGUUGCUGGUUUUAAGCAAAUAAGUAUAGAACCACCUAGGUCCUCAGUCCACUAUGUGGAAGAGGAGGGAGAAGGAUUUUGUGAACAGCAAAAAUGGAACCAAGAAAUCGGGCCCAAAAUCCUUAACUUCCACCCUAGGUCGCUAAACUGUCCUGAAUGCACACUCCUACCCAAGGUGAUGAAAACUUUUGUUUUUUUAUUUUGAUACGGCAAGGCGCUUCUGGUUUUCUCCACUGAGGUGAAACUAGUGAUGAUCCUGGCGUGUAUGGCUAACUCAUGUGAAAGCCAUACUCUUUGAGCUGAAAUAUUAGCUUUACCAUCAGCGGUUACAGAUGAGUUGUUUUUACUAAUAAUUCUUUAUUUGUGAACACCAAGAGAAUAACCACCAUGAUUAAAAUGAUCUCAGUUGGCAACAAUUCAGAGAACACCAAAAACUAAAAUUGGUCCUAGCAAUGGAAUUCCAGUGUGGAAUUUGUAUUGUAUUUACUUUGCCAAUUUCACUGUCUGUUGACUUAGAAGCAGUUUCUUUUGGUAAUAGAAAUGUGAGUUCUCAAAAUUUAAAAUGGCUAACUGAAUACACCGUCUGGUUAACCUAUGUUCUUGGACCUUUCAAUAAAACUUUAUUGAAAAGUU